AUGGCGCCCAAAAUCGCCCUCAUCAUCGGCGCCGGCCCAAACAUCGGCGCCGCCCUGGCCACGGCCUUUGCCGCAAAGGGGUACAAGGUCGCCAGCGCGUCUCGCACGCCGCACGUCUCCAGCGGCACGCUACACAUCCCCGUCGACCUGAGCAAGCCCGAGACGGUGCCGGGGGUGUUUGAGACGGCGAGGAAGGAGUUGGGCGGCGAGGUCGGGGUCGUGGUGUAUAAUGCCGCCUUCUUCCGUCCCGACCCCGCGGAUCCGCUCUCUCAAUACGCGCCAGAGUCGAUCCAGGUCUACCACGACUCGCAGUCCGUCAACGCAACCUCGGCGCUCGUCUCACUGCACGAAUCCGUCAAGGCGUUCCGCAACCUCCCCGCCGGCGGCGAUGCGUCCAAGACGUUCAUCUUCACGGGCAACAUGCUCAACGUCAAGACGUUGAAGAACAUGUUGAACUUCGGGCUGGGCAAGACCGUCACGGCGUACGCGAUCCGGCAUCUGGUUGAGCAAAAGGUCUACACUGACGAGGGGAUCAAGUUCUACUACGCCGACGAACGAAACGCCGAAGGCCUCCCGGUCGGCAAUGCCGUCUCCGGCGAAGCUGCGGCAGACGAGUACGUCAAGUUGGCCGAGCGAUCGGACCAGGGCCCGUGGCUGUACACGUUUGUCAAGGGGACCGGGUACAAGGACUUUGAGAAGGCGAGUCAUUUGUAG